AUGGAUAAAGAAGACCAACAUUCUCCAAGCGAGUUUUUUUAUCCUGAAGAUCUGGAAACUUUUGAUGUAGAAACUGAAACAGGCAUCACCGAAAGCCAGGAGGCCAUAGACGAUUUUAUCAACCAACAGAAAAGCGCAAACACAAACAAGAAGACGGCUACUGAUAUGAACACUCUUCUCCGCUACAUGGAUGCUAAUGGUAUGAAAAAUGAGAAAAUUGAAAGCUUACCUGCGUCCGAGCUUGACCACCUUUUGUCGAAAUUUUUUUUUAACACAUGCAAGAAAAAUGGAGAAGAGAACAAGCCAGCAGUUUCCAGUUUUCAGCGCAGUAUACAGCGAUACUUAAGUGAGAAGAAAUAUGCAUUUAACAUACUCAAGGACAAUGAGUUCGAAAAAUCCAGAAAAGUCCUUGCAACGAAGUGAAAGUCACCUGUUCACGAGCACGGCAAAGGAAACAAACCGCAAGCUGUUCAGGCUAUCUACGAAGAUGAAGAGGAUGCCCUUUUUGAAGCAGGAGAAUUCGGCGACUCCAAUCCAGUUACGCUUCAAAGAACUGUGUGGUGGUUUUUAUCCCUACACUUCGGUUUCCGAGCAAGAGACGAAAGUCGUAAGUUGCGCUUGGGUGAUGAUAAGUUUCUACAGCAGAAUGAUGGCCAAGGAGUCUUGGUUUGGUUGGCCGAGCGAUGCACAAAGACCCAACAAUGGGACAUAGUCAGGAGAGAGGACACCAAAGAGCGUUCCAACCAAAGAUUUAUGCCACCAAUACAGCGAGAUGUCCUCUCAGUUUUUACCAAAAAUUCGGCAGUCACUGGCCAGUGGAAAUGAAUGCACCAUAAUCACCGGUUUACUUAGCAGUCCGUCAUAAUCGAUGAUCAAAUGAAGAACUUUGGUAUAUGAAGGCACCUCUCGGAAAAAUGAAAUAGAAACGUUUCUGUCCACUGCAGCAAAGAAUGCUGGCCUUCAAAGAGAGGGGAAAAAAGUAACUAAUCAUUCUGUCAGGAAAACCUGUAUUUCGAGGCUCCUUGAUGCUGAUGUUCCCGAGAACUUUGUAGUGAACUGA